CGAAACCAGUCGAAACCAGCGAAACACAACACAUGAAAGAGCUUGCAAAUGGACGUCGGUGUUGUGAAUAUGAAGUGGUGUGCGAGGCCGUUUGUUUGUAAGAACGUCGCAUCAUAUUUGUAAUAGGAGCAUUAGGUCACAUCAAACAUGAGCGUUCCCAGACUAUACCGAGCAACAACGGUGGCAAGAACGAAACAGAUACAGAAAUGAAUGGAGAGGAUGCACAGUAACACGGCGCAGUGGGUUAUCCCUUGUGGCGUCAUCUCAGCUCUUCGCCGUUUGGAUAUUACGUGUUGUGAUCUUCGGUUUAGGCAUUAUGGGUCUCCCAUAGCCUUCGAUAUAGUGAAUUCAGCUCGAGGAAUGGCUCGGUCCUCCGCAUCUUUCGCUGACACUAGGCCUAACAGAAAGAGAUCAUCUUAGACAAAGGGUUGCUCGGUGUUGUACGAAGAAACAGCAAGCCUUGCAAGUCUGACUUUUGGACAGUGGACAUGGAAGCUGUCGGUGAUUUUGAGUACAAUACUAAAGACUUGAUCGGCCACGGUGCCUUUGCUGUGGUUUACAAAGGGCGCUAUCGAGCGAAACCAGAGUUACCCGUGGCCAUCAAGAGCAUCACCAAGAAAAACUUGGCUAAGUCACAGAAUCUCCUCGGCAAAGAAAUCAAAAUAUUAAAGGAACUCGCAGAGCUUCACCACGAAAACGUCGUCGCUCUGCUAGAUUGCAAGGAAACAGCCCAUCAUGUCUACUUGGUCAUGGAGUACUGCAAUGGAGGGGACCUGGCCGAUUACCUUCACGACAAAGGCACAUUGAGUGAAAACACCAUUCGACUGUUCCUGCGUCAAAUUGCUGGGGCAAUGAGAGCACUGAACGCCAAGGGCAUUGUGCACCGUGAUCUCAAGCCGCAAAACAUUCUCCUGUGCCACGGACCGAAGCCCAAGCCAGCUCCGGUGGACAUAACGCUCAAGAUUGCAGACUUUGGUUUUGCGAGGUUUCUGCAAGACGGUGUAAUGGCUGCGACACUCUGCGGUUCACCCAUGUACAUGGCCCCGGAAGUAAUCAUGUCCCUUCAGUAUGAUGCCAAGGCUGAUCUCUGGAGCAUAGGCACCAUUGUAUUCCAGUGCCUGACAGGAAACGCACCGUUCAGGGCACAAACACCACAAGCAUUGAAGCAGUUCUAUGAGAAGACUGCCAACCUUGCACCACGAAUACCAUCAGGGACAUCGCCGGAGCUCUACGACUUGCUGAGUAGGCUUCUAAAGCGAAACGCAAAAGACAGAAUGGAUUUCGAUGAAUUUUUUUCACACCCCUUCCUGAAGAGAGCAGCCAAACUAAGUUCCCCAAUGCCAGUGCCUUCCCGCCGUUCCGCAUCCCCCGAAGCGGCAUCCCCGCUGAACAACUCGCCGCAGUGUGGCAGCUCCCCGAUGUCUGGGAACCUUCCUCCUUCUCCUCACGGGUGGUGUGGGGAAGUGCCUUGCGAGGACAUGGCAGCAUCCCCGCAGGAGUCUGCAGCGGGCGUUGAUGCAAUGACGAGCCCGGCACCUGCGGAAAAAAGCUUGCAGUCUUCACCCGAGGACCAGGACUUUGUUAUGGUUCCUGCAUCUCUUGAUGAACAACAAGCGGCGGACUACAUCCAGUGUGCAGUAAAAUGGCAGACUGAUGAUUCCGGUAGCACGCCGGCUAAGAAGGCAGCCUCACAGCUGGAGGGCUCGCCGCGACCCUCCUACCUUCCCGUGCGAGGUUCUGGCAGUCCCGCCCAGCGUACUGAACCCAUCCCGGUGCCAUCUCAGAAGCAGGCCUUCCAACAGAUUCAGAGGAGCGGCAGCAGUGCGCAGGAUUCUUCUCCAGUGCUGGAAGGAGGACAAACGACGGCGAUGCUGCCUUCGCCAGACGAACCGCCACCGUGUUCCCCGAGGUUGAUGCAAAGGGAAAGGAAGGACUCGACCAGCUCUCACUCGAGCGAGCUGGGCAGGAGGACACCCGACAUAACGAACUUGUCACCGCCUCCUGUCCAAUUCCAGAUAGGAACGCCACCCAGUGGAGGACGGAGAAGGCACUGGAGUGGCGGCAGUGGUGGAACGCCACCUUCAGUUCGACACGCACUUCCACCUACAGUGUCUGGGUCACCACUUCGACGGCAGACCUUGCCCGCCACCUGUGGGAACGCCAACCAACUCAUGAAUCUAGCAACCCUGACAAAUGCCAACCCUCUUUCCCCCAUCAUGGGGUCUCCAACCCGCGAGGGAGGAGGAACGGGAGGCACGUGGAACGCGAGAGAUGCAGCCCUGUGCGGCCUCGACCAGUGUCACAACAUAAAUACGUCCAUCCUCCGGGCCGGUGCCACGUCGCCUUUUGGGGUGCGCGCCAUGACUCUGCCCGACAUGAACAGAAGGGACAACUUUCCCGAACAACAAGAAUGUGGCAUCCACAGGUCUGGUAGUGCCUGCAGACUCUUUGAACACGGAAUACUUCGAGGAAACUUGGGGUCUGAGCAAGCCGCUCUCGGGUCUUAUAGCCCAACCAGCGCGACUGCUAUGAUGCCGUUUGCCGGCGCGGUCGAUUGGUCGCUUGCGCAGCGUACUGGCUCGACUGGAAUGCUGAUGGGCUCGUCCCCUGGCAGUGCUGGGAGUUUUCCCUUUGGCACGUCGCCGCCAACCGGAGAAAUGCCGACCUUUGUUGCUCCCGAGCUCCCUGAGGAGACCAUACUAGAGAGAGAGCACAAUGAAACCCUGGCAAAGCUGCACUUCAUCCAAGCUCUGGUCAACUGCAUCUUAGAACUCGCAAAAUCCAAGGGCAGGCCAGUGACGGCUGCUCUGACGGACUCUCUGGUCCGUAAGGAUUUGCAGGGUUCUUCAGAGCAGGUGACGAUAAUGAGCGAAGGCUAUCGCCGUGCGGAACAGCUGGUGCUUUACAUGAGAGCAGUGCAGCUGCUGUCGUCUGCGCUCGGCAUGUCCAGGCACGAGGUUGAAUCCAACAGGCUCCAGCCCUCCUCUACAGUCAAAGCAGUGCUGAAAUCCAUGCGAGAUGCCUUGUACUGCUGUGUGAAGGAGUGCAAACAGUUGGCAAGCUCGGGGAUCCUGCAAGCGACCGGCGUGGAUCCCCACUCUUCGAACAUCACAGCGGACAGGCUGCUGUACAACUACGCCAUAGAGAUGUGCCAGUCUGCUGCCAUAGAGGAGCUUUUUGGAAAUCCAGAAGAGUGCUUCCGGCGGUAUCAGACAGCGCAGAUCUUGCUGCAUAGCUUGGCCCAACAAGUAGGAAAUGAUUCGGACAAGCAGCUUCUGAACAGAUACAAGGAUGCGGUCGAGAAACGCCUCUUUGUGCUGCAGAGCCAGGGCCUGGUCUACGCUUACGACUCCACCUGACAGGACGACCUCCUGGCGCUACUCACGUAAUCCCCACGGGCAGACGGCAAAGAAGUACCGUUCUCGGUUUUAUUCAUUUAGGCAUUCACGCAUUUAUCUUGCCAUUAGGAACGUUGUUAUUUCUUUCUUACAUUUUUUUUUAGUUUGUAUAUCCCCGUUUUAACCGUAUUUUUUCGAAGAGAAACAAACAAAAACAAAAAAAGAACAAUAUGCAUGGUAUGUAGUCAUAAAAUUUUGCAGCAAAGGUUGCUGCGCGUAGACUUUUGUGCUUAGCUUUGUGGGUGGCAUGUGGUUUUUCUGCAUUUAAGUUGAAAGGACGGAAUGUUGAGAAGACAUCGGCAAGUUAUGUCACGAGGGUUACAACGGAAAAGGAAAAAAUAUACAUAUAUAGAAUGUGGCACUCCUGUUCUUUCAAGUCUGAAAUGUGAUGCACGUAAUAAGCGGUUGAUUUUUGGCUGAUGCUGGCAUUGGUGCAUCAACGACUGUACAACAUUGUGCCACCUGAUUGGUAUGUGUAUGUGUGUAUGUGAAUUGCAGGGUGAAUGGAGGGAUUUCGAUGCAUACGAAACAACAAAUUGUGCACGUGUCCGUGCGCUUUGUUUUCAGUUUGUAGAUAGAUAGAGACUGUGUUUGUGCUGUACGCCUAGGCGCGUCGCAGUUUAUAAAACGUACGAGGUGCUCCGGCAAUGCUUAUCGUGAUCAGCGUAACGUAUUGCACCGUGAGUACAGGAGGGCUCUUGGGGGGGGUUGGUCAAACCCUCUGGCAAAAGUCAUUGGUCAGAUUCUUCCUCUGGGAAGGAGAAAAUGUGGAAAUGUUUAGGGUUUGGCUACACCUCUCACGUGAAACAUCGCUGUAGUUACAGCCCUGAAGGUCCCUGAAAAGAUCUGCAGAUCUCGGGACGCAUUUUUGUGCUAUACGUUCUAGUCAGUUUGGAAGUUCCAAGUGCCGCAAGGUGUGGUGAGGCACAGUUUGUAGAAUGUACAGAAACAGGGAAUAUUUCUCUGUAGCGCGGCACCAUGCUACGGGGUUGUACUAAAGCUAAGUGCUGGGCUGCAAGCGGCUGACACUUUUAAGAGGCUGCGUUUGUGAGGACCACUUUCGCAGAAGUUGUUAAUCGGAACCUUUCAUUCAAAUGACAAGUUUUGUGCCUCGGAGGAACUGACGGCAGUCUUAAGAUUUUUUGUGGAAUGUCGACGAGGCUGUAUAGUGUGCACGAAACCCUAACUGCUUUUGCGCUAAAUCCAGCUAAACGACAUCUCCCCCAUACCAAACCUUUUAAGUCCUACCGCCCUGACACUUCGAUGGGACACUGUAGUUUGACUAUUGUCUUCCAUGUGGAUGUAAGAUACUCUAAAAAUCAUAGCUGUAUUUUUCUGCACUCUCUUUCCAACACAGCUUCAUUUUCUUCCUUCUGUACAUAUUGGUUGAGCGGGUACGCUGGAGAGCGAACAGGAUUCUACAUUGUUGUACAGUGCAAUUUCUGCAGGGCCUCUUGUCAUUUGACACACACGCUCGUUCGAUUCAGUUGCAACGCGGGCCGCUCUUAUAACUGCGGGCAAAAAAAUGGCCUGCGGCAUUGAGUUGAACAACACCGGCCGUAACGCUUUCGUGCAUGUUAAGAGUUUUUUAUACCGAACACGUGCACAGUAUGCUCCAGUGAGCACCACUCUGUACCCCCCAGCACCUGUGUAAAUACGGGGCAUUGCUGCGUGCAAUGGCUGUCAUCUUUGUCGUGCGUGACUCUAUGCAGUGUAACUUAUUAACGUGUAGUACAUACUUGCUCGACGGAAACGCUUUUACACCUUUUCUAGGCCCGGGGGCCUAGUGGAGACGAGAGCUUUAGCGAACUUCACUGUCCGCAGUCUGUGUCAUUGCUGCAAUGGACCCUAUACGAAAACGUAGCCUCAUUAAUGUGUAGGUACGAAAAGGUGCGCAGGGCACCUCCUGUUGUAGCUGCACUCCGACAUGGAUAUUAUACACCUCCCUAGGUUGUGUUAUAUGGUGGUAUAGUAUUGUGAAUAUAUAUAGCUUAACCUUGCAGAGCGUUAUGUAUUUAUAACAGCAGCAGUUCAGUAGACCUCGGCUCCCCCGUUUUUGAAUGUCUGAUUACAUAUGCCAAUUUACUUAGUAAUCUUCGUCUUGGAGGUUGUGUGCUAGCCAUACGUGAUAGGGACGAUGAAGGGCUGGCUGGUUGUAAAUAACGUUUCAUGUUCUUCGUUACGCUCCAAGGUAAUAUUGCUCUCUUCGAGCCCGUGCCCUAGCAGGGUGCACCUACGCCCUGAUUGCUGUGUGUACAUAUGUGUGCUUCUCUUAUUUCAUUUUGUAAAUAUUCCGUACUUUUACCAAAGACAUAGGAAAAAGAAAAAAAAAUCAACAAAGUGUUCACCACAAAAUGCCACAUGGACAUGCAGGGAAAUUGCACUCGUAGUGGCGGUUUUUAGGUUGAUGCUUCUCACAUUAUUUUUGCAUGUGGUACAUUUUGAAGUGACGUUCCUGAUGUACAGGUAUUUGUAAUAAAAAGAUACAUGCAGUGUCAUCUUACAGCGUU